AUGUUGAGAGUGUUGUAGCCUUGCCGACCGCGGACCACCAACAAAACUGGUCUGAUCAUAAUUUCUGGGCCGACGAUGACGACCCCUUGAGCGAACGUAAACAAAAUUGGCAAUCUGGAAAUGCAUUAAAUAUUACAGUUGUCACGUGCUUGAUCGUGCACAUUUACCAACCACACGUCGCGUGUACGUGAUUGUUUCGGUAGCAGAGGAUCAGCUGGCUUUUGCAUCGGUAGCCAUCUAGAUACAUAAUGGCCACCAGUGCCAAGAGGCCAUCACUCGGGGCGGUAGCUCCACGCAAGAAAACUAGCCCCAAACCUGAACUGACAGAGGAACAGCGGCAGGAGAUACGGGAGGCAUUUGAGCUCUUUGAUACAGAAGGCUCUGGUCACAUUGAUGUGAAGGAACUGAAGGUGGCCAUGCGAGCACUGGGGUUUGAGCCCAAGAAGGAGGAGAUCAAGAAGAUGAUCACAGAAGUGGAUAAGGAAGGCACUGGAAAAAUCUCUUUCAAUGAUUUUCUCUCGGUUAUGACUCAGAAGAUGGCUGAGAAGGAUUCUAAGGAGGAAAUCCUUAAAGCUUUCCGAUUGUUUGAUGAUGACGAGACGGGUAAAAUAUCAUUCCGCAACCUCAAGAGAGUGGCCAAAGAACUGGGAGAGAACCUCACAGAUGAGGAACUGCAGGAAAUGAUUGAUGAGGCAGACAGAGAUGGAGAUGGGGAGGUGAACCAGCAGGAGUUCUUUCGCAUCAUGAAGAAAACGAGCCUGUACUGAUCAGCCGAGUCUCUAUCUUCAGUGGCAGGGGCAGGGGGCAUGUAGUGUCAUUAGUCCCCUGUGGUCACUACUACACCUGUGCUGUGCACUGAGGUCGUUUACAAUGAUAACAUUACAAAUUGUAUUAAAUCUGACAUUCCCAUUCAAAACUCAUCAGUUAUACAGUAUGUUUGCAUUUAGCCCCAUAUACUGUUUGCCAAGUACUGUUAUGGGAAGCUCUGGUUAAAUACAUUGCAAGUCAGUGUAUAAAACCAUUUGCUUAAUAUCAUGCCAAGUGUUGGUAAACAAUAUGUGUCAUGAUCUGGUUUGCUCAAUGGCUGAUGUUUAAAAUUGCAAAGCACAGCUGUGUCAUUUUCAGUGGACUUCACUCCCAGAAACAUUUUGGGGUAUCCUACAGUGCCUACAUCUGCUCUGGAACAAAAGAAAACCUGUCUGUUGGUCCUAAACACAAAGAUCUCAUGCCAUUCCUGAUGUUCACAAAUAUAUCCCAGUCUUAUAGUAACAUGAAAGACGAUAGUUAUAUGAUAAGAGAUACAAUAGUACUUUUUUCCCUCACUGAAUUCUGGCUGCUUGAAUUUGUAUUUUUGCUUGCCGUUGUGUGUUCAGGGAGUAAGCUCUGUAUUUUUACAGCUGACCUCAUCCUUGUGCCUAAAUUGUGCCAGAGGGUGUCUGUAAGCUUCAGGGAGGCCCCCAUAUCUCCUGUCCCUUAGCACUGGCCUCUACAUACUUUAAUCUGUAAUGUUAAGUGAUGCUGUGUGUGUGUUUUCUUAUAUGUACUGGAUAUUCUUGCACCCUCUUUGUAUUUGUACACCUUUGCCCUUGAGUACUGAAUGUUUUGUAUUUGACUGCAUAAGCAGUUAGAAUUCUAAGUAUAAAUAUAGCAGUUACUUAAGCAGUUA